CAGACCUCCAUACAAAGAUUCCUCACUUCGUGGUAUUAUUUUCGUGGGCUGAAUAACAUCUCUCCCUUCGCCUCUUCCCCUCUGCCUGUAAUUGCGGCUAUGCGUACGGCACAACGGAUUAGGAGAGCGUCGUGACGACAUCGUCUACGUACCGCUCUCACCAAAGACCGACAGCUCAGCAAUAACAGCCCUCACCGUCGUUUCUUCAAGCUUCACCCAAUAUAGCGCUCAACUCAAUGGGAUCCUGCGCAAAACACAGAGGAGACGGCAUCGUUCACCAUCGCUCUAUUACCGAAUCUGAUAACUGCAACUGAGCGCUACUCCGCACUCGGACUACAUAUAUACAGAAGCUGAACACAUUUCCUGAUUUUCCUUCUGUAGUAAGGGGAUGGGGGUAUGACCGACCCCCGACUCCCAACUCUGUUCCAUCAGUUGUAGGAGCGCUUUGCAGCAUGCUAUCGCCGAGAAGAGGGGUCGAUCACAGGCCCGCCGCUACGAUUCUAACCCAGGUUGCUGUCAUUGCAAUCUUCGUUUCUAUGAGCGCUUGUAUGCCAGGGUCUUCUUCCGUAUGCCCACGUAGCCUGGACUGUGCCCGAGCAAGGAGGCAUUUCUGCCAGCCGGGCAGCUCACACUGUGGCCCCUGCCUCACCCCGCUGGUAGAGAACUCACAUGGCAGAUGCAUAGUGAAGAGGAGACCCAGUCACACCCCUCAUUUUGGCAAAGUGACCACUUUCCCUGAAGUGGACGAGGAGAUAGACUUCCUGUCCACCAUCAUCAGCCAACAGGAGACUGAAUCAGGUUUCAGACAUCCAGCUUCUUCCUUUCAGGAUGUUCCUAAAGUCAAGGAGGAGGAGGAUGACAGAUCAAUGAUCCUCACCCAACGGCCUACCACAGAGCAGCCUACUACACACAGCGCCACUACAGCCCCUCCACCCACCUCUAUCACUACAGCCAACACCACCACUACCAGCCACGCCACAGCAGUACGCAGCGGUCCCCUGAUCAUCCCUUACCCCUCCAACAGCCGAGUGUUUAUCAUCAUGACCAGUGUGUUUUUGGUUGUGGGGUCUGUUGCCUUGCUCUUGGCUGCUGUCUGUUGGAUCAGGUUGCAGAGAGGUGUGCGGCUGGCUCAGAAGGUCGACUACCCAGCUUAUGGGGGGAUGGGGCCCCAUUCCUAUGACAAUGAUGUGCUUGGGGAUAGGAGGCUGGCUCAGAGUGCCCAGAUGUACCACUACCAACACCAGAAACAGCAGAUGCUCUGCCUGGAGAAACACAGGGAUGAACCCAAGGUGCCUGACUCCGGGGCCACGUCAGAUGAGGAGAAUGAGGAUGGGGAUUUCACGGUAUACGAGUGCCCUGGACUGGCCCCGACAGGAGAGAUGGAGGUGAAGAAUCCUUUGUUUGAUGACUCUACCCUUUACCUUCAGAGGAGCCACAAGUAACCCUGACAACUCUGGACAUUCUGAUAUGCACCUAUAAAACAUACCACCCUACAUGUACAGGAAGAUCAAAUCAUACUCACUCCCUUGCACACCUACAAACACACAUCAGGUUUCUCUGUCUGACCUUUUGACCUGUCCCACAUGAUACACUACUUACACUGAAGGGCUGGUGACGAGGAGGAGGAGGAGGACUGUAUGAACAUUAUAUCUGAAUGACCGACUGACGUGAAUCUCCUCUUGAAACAGACUGAUAUCUGGGACCAAUGACGUCUCACACUCUCAGAAACCCUACAUGAUCUUUAAGCUUUCCGUCUGGCCUAUCAUAACCAUGCCUUGUUUUGUUGUAUGUUAACUCUGUUAUCUCUUGUGGAUUUGAUUCUGUAAUAUCCUCUGUUUUUUCUGUCAAACGUGCACAACCAACUGACUGUUUUUCGUGUUCUGUUGAAAAAUGUUCUACGGUGUGCACUAAUGAAUACUACCCUGCUUCAUACGACAGAUACCGACAGAAAGGUUCAGGAAGAGAGCAGAGAAGAACUACAUUGAAAAAAUAAAUGUUAUUGGUCUGUGGGUGUAUGAUUUAUUACAUUACACAAUCUGUGGAGACUAACGUUGAUACUUGCAUCAUACUUUUGAAUGUUACCCAGACCAUGACUUACAGUGAACUAUACAGGCCAAUGUCCAAACCACAAACCUUUAGUAAUAGUGAACAGGAAGAUUGUGUUGGAGGCACACACUUUGUGCAGAAUGUGAAAUUGAAUAACCAUUCCAGAUACAAGUUUCCUAAAUCAUAGACUGCAGUAUGACCCAGACUCCUGGACUAAAAAGCAUUGAUAAUCUCAGUUGAAAAUUCAGUUGAGGAAUAGGCUUAAUCUGGGUCUGGGAACUGGUCCUAUAAAUCAUUCUGGAACUGCAGAUGUUAGGCCAUAUGCCUUUGAAACAGAGCUGGAGCACAGUGGGAAUAUGCCAAUUUAUCAAGCUGUCAAUAGUAAUCAUUGGCAGACUAAAUAUCUGUGUCCCAAAUGACACCCUAUUCUCUACAUGGUGCCCUUCUUUUGCCAGCGCAUUAUAUCGACCCCGGUCAGAAGUAGUGCACUACAGUAUGUGGAGAAUAUGGUGUCAUUAAUGACGCAUUCCGAAGAUCUGGAUCAACUCAUCUUUGACUUUCUUCAUUACCAAAAAGUUGUUUUUAUUUUGUUCUUACAUACAAAGGUGAUUUUAAUGUUUCAUAAAUGUACACAUGCAGUAUGUAUGGUAAACCUUUACGCUUUGUUACGUAGCCAUUAUAGUCUCAGUAUCAAUGGUCCCUCUAUGCAUGACUUGAUGAUGCUGUGCUCUGCUGAAAAAGGGAUACAAUUCAAUAUGCAUUUAUGAUCCUUACAAGUUUCUUGUGUAAACUUGCUUAUGAUGAUAUUUAAAUAACUUGAAUGAUUUCAAAGGAAUUUGGAACUUCUUUACAGAACUCUGAAACAGAGCAACCCCACUAUGUACAUACAUAUACACAGUGCUUGACUUGGGCAGGAGCUUGCUGGAGUACCGGCACCUCAACUGCUUGAGCUCCUGUUCCUCUUAUAUAGAAUAUUAGCUCAAAAGUAUUGUGGAGCUCCUGCAUCUAAAUAUAAACAGUACCGGCACCCAGAAUGAGUACCGGAACAUAUUUCAGUCCAAGUCAAGCACUGAAUAUACCGUAUCAAACAAACACAUGGCUUGUCCCAUGAUUUGUGAUGUUAUUUAUGUAAAUAGCCACUGAUGUGUACUGUACAGAGAGAUGGCAACCUGGCUCUAAUGAUGUAUUUGUACACAUUAUUAUUCUAUAUUUCUGAUUGCUGUGUCAAAUAAACCUUUUUUUCUUUAGCCUAGUGUGCCUCCAAAAUGGCACCCUAUUCCGUAUAUAGGGCAUUGCUUUUGACGAAUGCCCUAUAGUUUUUGGUCAAAUGUAGUGCACUAUAUAAGGAAUAGGGUGCCAUUUUGGAUGUACAUUAGAGUCUGUUCAGAAGUUGCCUAUUGCGGUUAUUUCUCAGGAAAGCGUGUUGUUAUUAGCUCUUUUAUUUACUUAGGACAACUCCACACAACUAUAUUUCGGUAUUUGUUUCAUUAGUCCAUUGUUGACAUAGUCCCAAAAUAUUUUGCAUUUCAGCAAUCAAUUUUCAAAAUGCAUAUAAAUACAGCUGGUAUGAUGCAUCGAGCAUCAUAUGAUGCUGCGUUUUGGAUCAUGAUGCAAAAUGCGUCAUACUGGCUAUAUUUCUGUAUAGUUGUGUAUAUAUAUAUACAUAUACAACUUCUAAAUAUAUAUAGAAGUUGUAUAUCUUCAUUGCUGACAUACAAAACAUUUUGGGACUAUAUCAACCAUGGACUAAUGAAAAAAAAACUAGUUUUCGGGUGGAAUUUUCAUUUAACUGUUCCCCUAACUCUGCCUCCACUCUCUCUGAAGAACAGUGAAGUGGUCCGACACAUACAGUAAUGGGUGCAGAUGAUUUGAUUUUCCUUUUUGGUCCUCAAGAACAAUGUAUGUGAGACAGAAAGAGUAUUGGACUUGUAGAAUGGACCCAUUCAUUGAUGUAGGCCUAGAUUACUGGUAAAGAUGAACAUCAAACCUAAACCUUCUUUGGCUGCUACCAUAUAGUUACCAUAUACCUACAUCAAUAUUGUCCCCUAGGGUUGCAAAAUGCAAAUAACAUUUCCCAGGUUUUCCAGAAAUUUGAGUUUGAUGGAUUGAAAGUUGCUCUUUGUUUUCUCUCAUGAAUGUGGAUGGUUAUACAUCUCCAGGACUCCCCUUUUAAACAGUAAAACCACCCUCUCUAAAUAACGACACACCAGAUGAAUUAACACACCAACCCUGAGAGAUGACCGACCUCUUUCACUACUACUGGAAUUGCUGGACAUGAUGCAUGUAAACAUUUCAGAGAUGAACAUUGGAAAAUAAAUAUUUAUAUUAUCUUCACUGCAA